UAAAUGCAAAUGCCCCUUGUACAAAUCUUGAGAAAUUUUUCUUAAAUUAAACUUGAAACUGUAAUAACAAAGCCUAGAACCAAUGACCUUGUGCCUUGAAUUAUUUUGAUCAUGCAACCGUCGAACAAAGUUUGAUAACUCUAUCUGGUCAUCCAUUUUAUUGAAAAGAAUUCUUACCAAUGAAAGUAAUCUGCAAGAAAAGAUAGAAACAAACAAACAUUUAAUAAAACACAUUGCAUCUUCUCCAGCAACUUUUAAUUAGCCAGCAAACACAGUACACAUUGCAAUGCACUUUAGCCUUCCAAAUCAUUCAACAUCUUGCAAAAAGUAUACUUGUAAGAACAAACAGUAUCCAUAGAAAACACUUGAGCUCAAAAAGAAGAGUAAGGUAAAAAAAUAAAUUUAAAAAAAAAAAAAAAAAAAAACAGCAGUGUAUACUUCCUAAGAAAACUAAGAUGCACAACUCUAACCAAAUAGAAACAAUACUACUACAACGUUCAAAAUAAAAGAAAACAAAAACAAAAUAUAACUGAGAAAGCAUGAGAUAAGGUAACCUUUGAUUAUCUGGACAACGAAGCAAAAACGAUGGAGUCAAAGAGAUCAAGUCCACGAGCACCUUUGAUUAAUGAGAGUGAAGCAAUAAAAUCAAAGAAGAAGGUCAAUUAAUAGGGCUUUGAACUAAACCACUUCCUCAAUUGGCCCUAAAACCCAAUCUCACCUGUAAACCCCAAAAAAAUCAUAAAAAUGAUAACAAAUAAACAAACAGGUAACACUAGGAAUUUUAAAAUGGGAAACCAAAUAGAGUAAAGCGGUCAUACACCUACUAAAAUAGAAAAGUAAUUUUCAUGUUUUCUCUAAAACAAACAAAAAAAGUUUCCCGUGUUUUAUUUGGGUAAAAAUAAAAAGGUUCCUGUUUCUUCCUUCAUAAAAAUAAUUUUAAAAAAAAAGUUUCCUGCUCCUAUCAAGAUUAAUUAGGCCAUUAUUUGAAUACAUGACUUUACGGAUGAAUAAAAGAGCAUAUUGAUCAAUAGAAUUAAUUCCAGGCUUUAGCUUAUAUUUCAUACCCACAACCAACCCUAAAUUCCCUUUUGCCUCAAUUUAGCAUUCAAGAUUAUGGCCGCAGCAGCCUCCAGUCAAGACCAUGCCUUGACGAUGGCAUCACGCCAGGAUGAGCUCCUGGGUAAGAUACCAAAGAUCCAGAAAUCUCUGCCCAAGAUAUCGGAGAUGGAGAACUCUCUGAGCGAACUGGGACAGAUAUGGAAGACGGAGAAAUCGUUGGGCGAACUGGGCAAGAUAUCAAAGAUGGAGAAAUCUCUAGCUGCGCUGAAGAAAUUAAUAUCGGAGAAGCUUGACCUACUACGCCCCGUCAGUCGCAAACAUGGGGCCGUUCGUCCUUACCCAAGCUUGCCCAUGGUUGAGAAUGCAUCAACGACGGUAAAUCAGGGGGAAGAUAGAUCUUUGUUUUUAAUGGUAACUUUCAUUAGGGGCAAAUACACUAAUGCCAUAUAUGAAGUCAAAUUCAGAUUUGGAGGAGAAGUUGACGAUAUAGGUGCACGAGUAGCACGUGUAGCCAAGUUCAGUGGUUCUACCCAUUUGGGUGCAAGGAUUUUCGACCGCUCCCAACUAUAUGUGUUUUCAAGGGAGGGUUGGGAUAAACCUUGCGUUAAGUCAUUUGGAGGGUAUAUAUUUGAUACGAAAACAAGGGCAUUGGAUCACUUAACACCUUCUACCGUACAGUUUAAGCCGCAUGGAACAGUUGUGUCGGCAUAUGGCACACUUUAUUUUCUUGAAGCCAAAACGGACUUCGUACAAGGUUCAGCCUUAUUCUUUGGGAAAUACAACCCUGAUAAGAAGGAUUGGGUGCAAAUGCCUUCGUUUCCAUUUUCUCAUAGUUUUCGUAUGGCGGUAACUGGUUAUGCCGUUGGUUUUGGCGUUAUUUUGUAUACAUUGUCUGACUUGCACAGAAACUUUGAUGUCCUUGCUUUUCAUGUGGGUAGAAAGAAUUGGAAACGAGUGGAAAUUGGCACUUGUACUCCUUUCCGAGGGAGGGCCGUGAUUAUAGGCAAGACUAUCUAUGCCUUACAUAUGUUUCAGGUGGGGGUGAUCAUAGCAUACUCCUUGGAGAUUAAGGAAGAUGAUGAGGGUGGUAUUGAAUAUUCACUAGUCCAGCUAUCUGAAUUAAACGGCCUUGACAUUGCAGAUCCGCCAUCACAAUUUGAUGGACUUGUAACCGACCAUUUGGUUCACAUGGGAAACCAAGACUUCGUUCAUUUUAAGACUGGCACUAACGAAGAAUGUGAUAAGGUUCAAGAUCUUUGUAUCACCAGGUUUCAAAUUGUACAAGAAGGAAGGAGACAUAUGAUCGAGACCUUACAUUCAACUGUUCUUCCUGUGAAAAUCAAUGGUUGUAAUUGGUUCACCCUUACGCUCGGCUUUACUCCGUAA